AUGAUGAUGUCACUGACUCUACUGCUGGGCACCCUAGGGCUCCUUGUUCAGGGAUCAUCAGGAGAAAUCAUCCUGACUCAGUCUCCUGGAUCUCACUCUGCUGCUCCAGGACAGACUGUCUCCAUCAGAUGUAAAGCCAGUUCAAGUAUGAAUAGCUACCUCAGCUGGUACCUUCAGAAACCUGGAGAAGCUCCUAAACUCCUGAUUUAUGAUGCUACAAACCGUCAGUCUGGAGAUUAUGAUCGUUUUAGUGGAGGUGGAUCUGGGACUGAUUUCACAAUGACCAUCAGUAGAGUUCAGACUGAAGAUGCAGGAGUUUAUUAUUGUCAGCAGCGUAAAAGCUACCCUUUCACACACCAGAUGACAAGAUAUUUAUACUGGGGCACUUUCUCUAUGCAUGUGACAUUCGCAGAAACAAUAUUGCGGGAUUCAAUGACUUUGAUCUCCGUCCUCAUCUGGACUCUCCUCUGCUGCUGCUUCACAGAGUCCAGAGGCCAGGUCACAGUGACUCAACCUGCAGCAGUGAGAUCUGCUCUGGGAGGAUCUGCAACCAUCAGCUGUAGGACCAGUCAGAAUGUUCAUGUGUGGAACAACAAACACUGUUUAGCCUGGUACCAACAGAGAGAUGGAGAAACUCCUAAACCGCUCAUAACUUAUGCUACCACUCAAGUAUCAGGCAUUCCAGGUCGUUUUACAGGCAGUGGAUCAAACUCCGACUUCACUCUGACCAUCAGUGGACUUCAGGCUGAAGAUGCAGCAGUUUAUUACUGUCAGAGUCUUCACAGUGGACCAGUGUUCACACAGUGA